GGGGUGAGGAGUCAGUGUGCAGUUAAGAGGUAACCUGGAGAGUGGUAACGGCGCUCCUCUGGUGCUGUGGCUCACGCUUUGGUACUGGAGGCCGAGACUGUUCUGACGACGGCGACCUCUGCGGCUACAGCUGAGGUUCUCGGAGGAGUGGCGGAGUACGGUCUGGAGGAGAGGCUUCUGGACAGCCCAGGUUCUGUCAUAAUGAAUGGAUCCAGUGUGGUGAAUACAUCACCCAGUGUAAAAUCCAAAGAGGACCAGGCGUUAAAUGGGCACGAUGAGAAAGAAAACCCAUUUGCAGAGUACAUGUGGAUGGAGAAUGAAGAAGAUUUCAACAGGCAGGUGGAGGAGGAGCUGCAGGAGCAAGAGUUCCUUGACCGCUGCUUCCAGGAGAUGCUGGAUGAGGAAGACCAAGACUGGUUUAUUCCAUCGCGAGACCUGCCUCAGGCCAUGGGCCAGUUGCAGCAACAGUUCAAUGGACUGUCGGUCAGUGAUGGUCAUGAUUCUGAAGAUAUUUUGAGCAAAAGUAACCUGAACCCGGAUGCCAAGGAAUUUAUUCCAGGAGUGAAGUACUGAGCUGGAAGAAAGCUUUGAGGAGAACUUGUAUGUCCCCACAUCUGGGGAUAGCGCUGCACAAAACGGCAGAGCUGAAGAGAGGGAUGGGGUGGGCAAGGGGUGCGCAGCGGGGAAGGGGAACAGUGGUUUAACUUGGCACUGUGACUAGAGUUAACCAAUGCGCUCAGUCUGACUCUACAAGCCUCUGAGUAUUGCUCUUUUGUUCUACUGAUUUCAUUCGGAGCAAUUUCCUAUUACUGUUAUUAGCUUUUUGACUUAAGGAAAUUGCAGUCUUCUUUCCCCCUUCAUCAGGAAUGUUCUACUGUGUGUGUUGAAGCAAAUAAGCUGACCGAGAAAGCCCAGGUGUUUAAUUUAAGAAUGCCCUUCUCACCCUGCUGUAAGCUUACUACCAAGGGCGGUGAACGCCUGCAGAACUACUUGUUGAGUCUGGGUGGCGAGAGGGACGAGCGGGAGAAGCAGGUGUUGGAACCAGAGAAAGCAGCUCCCCGACCCCGUGGGAUUUCCUGCGAUGAACUGGGAUUACUAUGGCCUGCUGAGCCCGUGCCUCCCUGCCCUGAAACCCAUUCAGGAAAGCCCAGGCUUAAAGCGCUGCCUUACUGGGACUUCGGAUGGUUAGUGAAGCACCCAUUUACGGUAGGUGAACGCUGUAAAUCCGAAGGAGAGGACUGGGCCGGUGAUUAUCACUUGGGUCAUUCAGUUGCUGCUGGCCUGCUCUUAAGCCUCUCAUUCCAGCUACCAUCAGACUCAUCACUUACAAGGUAAAAGAGCACAGGGGUGGGUUUGCCACUUCGUCCCUCAUGUUGUCCGGUCCCCUGUCUCCUUUCCACACCAGCCCUACUCUGUUUUUAAGAAAAGAUGUUGUUGCCAAAGGUAUAGGAGAGGUGUGCUGUGCUGGCCAUCAGCUUCCGCCUGGAGAAGUCAUCUCUGAAUCCUGCUAGUUGGAGCUUAAGUUUAUUUUGACAGGUUUUUUCCAGCCUCAUGAUGAGUUGGUCCGCCUGGUAUCCUUAGAAAGGUUUAUGCACUUGUACAAGUAAAUGUAUUUUUCAAGACACUAACAAGAAGUUCAGUUUACACGUUGGAUGCUUCUCCCCACCUGAGAGAAUUGUGCAGAAUAACUACACAAAAGCCUAGGAGAAUGAGCCCCGCCUGACCCUGUGGCCCUGUGACCCACUGGGGCAGCUUUAGCAGUUAGAGAAUUUUGCUGUUCCCACACACCGAAGCUUUUUGAGUUUUCUUGGUUGGACGUUCUGGGUACGUUCUUUCCUGCCUACAAGUCACGGGUUUUUUUGGUUGUUAGUACUCGUAAGGAACUAAACCGGGCGCUAGGAGCUGCUUUUGUGUGAUAGAGGUGUCAGCAGCAGAGUCAGAGCUGAAAGAGCGUAUCCAGUCCUGCCCGUCCUCUCAGGACGAGGACUCGCAGGGGCCUGAGAAGGACAGUGGCUUCUGUAUGACUGCUGCUGCCGCCGUGUGAUCGGCCUGUCAGGGAAAGAUGGUGUAACUUGAAAUAAAGUCUGUAAAUACAGUAUGUGGAUGUGGGACAGAGGUUGAAAGGAAAAGACUAGGGUUUGGAAAGCUUCAGAAUUUGUCCUUUUUCUUAUGAGCUCCCUUGUUGACUCUUUGAACGGCCACAGGCUAAUGUCGGAUUGAAAAUAUGAACCCACGUCGUUCCCUCAUUCAAGUCUGUAGGAUGGUGUCAUUUGAAAGAUGCCCUCCUCGUGAGGUCCCAUGUCACAGGGGAGUGGCUUAGGGAGGGAGCUGGUAUUGCCAGGUGUGCUCAUGAAUUCCCAGAGCCUCUACAUCAAGAGAGUGAAACGCGCAACUCGUUUUCAGGGAGGGCUACAAAUAAAGAAACAUCUUAAUUCCAGUGCAGCUUUCAGCUGGAGUUGUUACCUUUAACAAGGAGAGGGCCUUGGAAGUGCAGGCAGAGGCCUCUCCCUGCGGGGGCGGCUUUUCCCCCUCCCAUCUCCAUUCACUUGUCCAAGCUCAGAAUUCUAAAGGCUGCUGGAAGUGUAUCGGGAUUGCAGAAAGAGGCAUUUUCCAGCCGGUGGUGUCUUCCAUCACAGACAGCAUUGUGGAUUCUUGUUGUGUGGCUCCUGGUCUGAGAAGUCCUAGAGGGGUCCAGAUUAAGCCGUUCCUUCAUCCUGGAGAAGGCUUGCUCUUCUGACACCAGGAUAAGCGAAGGUGUGAGGUGCAGUCCACAGGGCUUGUCUUUCCACCUGCUGUGGGGUUUCGGCUUGGACGUCAGUCUUCAGCCCGGUUUCACAAGGCAUGUUUGGUCAGGAUGAAGAAAGCUUCCUGCCGGACGAGCAGUGGAGCCUGAGGGCUGGGCUUCCCAGUCCUGUGCAGAACCAGCAUGCUGACUUCAGAAUCAGAAAGCAGCGAGCAGUGUGCCCCCCUUUUUAACGCAUGGGUUUGUGUUUCCAACGGUUCCUCUUGUAGCCUACUCGUUUCUCCUUCUAUUUUACGUUAUGAGGUGGGAGCACAGUUGUCACCCAGACCACAGGCUCAGCUACAGUCAGUUUGCCAGCUUCUCAGCAGAAAACACAUGUGGGUCUUGUUGGCUCUUCACUCAGAAAGGCUGGGAACCUCUAUCUCGGACUUUUCCUCAUCAGAGAGGUUCUGGGUGCAAGGCAGGCUAGACCCUUUAAGGGUGACUGGUAUUGCAAGUGAUCCCUUUGAUGUUGAGUUUAAGCCACUACAGUUUAAGCUGUUUUUAUUGGCAACUAGAAGUUUAAGUAUAGAAACCGAAUAUGUGUUUUUAACAAUUGCCAAUUCUGGCUGGUCCCAGUGUCAGUUUAUUAGUGAUUGAUUUCUUAUUUUUGUGUUUACUGCACUCUGAGACUCCAAAAUGAAAAUUAUUUUAUCUCUUGGUCUUCCAGAGGGGGAAAAAAAAAGGGAAAUGGCCUUUGAACUGUAGCAGAAAGCUUGAUGGAUGCAGCGUAGGCCUGAGACCUACAGCUGUGGGUCUUUGGACCAGUUUCUGACUGCAGCAGUUGACUUUUGGGGAUCAUACAAAGUCAUACCCAAAAAGAUCAUUAGGAAAAGGCUGAACCUUACCAACACCUCUAGUUCCCAAAGCCAGAACAGCCAGGGUCUCUUUAAUUAGGGUUCUAACGCUAAGAACGGCUUUAAAAAUGUUUUUAGUGAAACAAUCAGCAUUUUUCAACUUGUGCAUUGCUAUAAUCUCAAAAUUUUGUCUUGAUUUUGAAGAGUUUGGGAAGUAAGGAUGUCAGUCAAACCCUGUGACCUCAGAGUAGAAAUUAAUAUAAUGUCAGAGAGGAAAGUUGUGUGAAGAAGUAGCGAAAGGAAACAGCUUGACUGAAUCUUCUUGUGUCAGUGCUGCUGCAAAACCCAUGUCUGUAUAAACAUCAGGAGCCCAGGAGCCAACACCGCUGAGACUGGGGGUAGCAAGUGUUCUUUGAUAAAAAUCCUGGCAUCACAGGUUAAUAAUGUUGCUUAGUUUCAGUGAUGUUGAGGGGUGGGCUCAGGCAGAGGCCUGACAGAUUUGACCAAGGUUUGGAGGUGUGCACCUGGAAGACUGCAUAGCCACUGUCCUCCAGGAUAAUUGCAGAUCUCUUUAGUUUGGGAAGUGGGUGGAGAGAACAGAAGGAUUGACCUGGAUCCGGUCAGGACCCAGAGCUAUCAGGAAACUUGAUUUCCUCCUGCCUCUGCCCACAGUUCCCCACGUGAGUCAUUUCCCCCCUCAUUGCCCACAGAGACCAUUAGUCCUUCUGGUCCCUGUGUGGUACACAGAGUACUUUUCUGCAGCCACUGCUCCGCUGCCUUGUGAAUUUCAUCUGUAGGCUUGGUUAGUUACAAUUUUGAAAGGGCUUUUUUUGCCCCUUUGUUUUUAAUUUUGUUUUUGUUUCUCCCAUCUUGAAGCUGCAAUUAGUGACAAAGGACAGGGGAAUAGGAGGCUGACCCAAGGAAACACUCAACUGCCCUGCUGGCUACUUGGCCUCUUGCCUCAUUGCCCAGCACCUUCUGCUGUCGUCAGUCUAGACUUCGGGGGUGGGGGUGAGGGGAUCAUACAAAUAGGACAGCUGAGUACACUGAUCUCUACAGGAUGCUGCCAAGAGACUCACCACCCUGUCCCCGGGGGACAGAAGAGAAAUCGACAAAGGGACAGAUGCACCAUCUUUAUUCUGAAAGAAAAAGCCCCCUUAGAUUUUGUUACUAGGAGUCAUUUGUGAGGUCGGCUGACCUUUCUUCCCCAAUCCUACCUUCUGACUGGCUACUUUAAAUAUUGUAACUAAUGAAGAACACUCUAAGCUGUGUACUAUGAGCUAGUACAGCGUUUUCACUCUAGCGCAACACUGAUAAUCCUGUCCUGUUGGUUGGGAGCCUGCAGAAGUGUUUAAUGCUUGAUGGAUCAUUUGGGAGGCAAGGACUUUAUUAUUUUUUUUAAACAACUUUAUUGAGGCAUGUUUUACAUAUCAUAAAAUUCGCCCAUUUCAAGUGUACAAUUCACUGAUUUUAGUAACUUUCUUGAGUGGUGCAGCUAUACAGUUCUCAGUUUUAGAACAUUUUUAUCUCCCUCAAUAAGAUCCUUCAUGCCUAUUUACAUGAUAAUACCUGUUCCUAGCUCUAGGCAACCACUAAUGUGUAAAUUUGCCUUUUCUGGGCAUCACCUCAAUGGAAACAUACAAAAUACAGUCUCUUGGAUCUGGCUUUUGUCACUGAGUGUAUUUUCGAGGUUCACCCAUGACAUAAAGCUUGUAUUAGUAGUCUGUUCCUUUUUGCUGAAUAAUAUUCCAUUGGUGGAUAUUACCAGUUUGUCAGCAGAGAGUCUUUUAAACUUGGAUUUCAACCUCUUGUGGUCUAAAUGGAACCCUCAGAACACAGGACUCACGGGGAAGCGGCUGUGCAUGUCAGAGGAACGGCUUAUCAGAACCAGCUUUGUCAUCAGAAUCUCCACCUGAAGCUUCUGGAGCCUGAACUGCUGCAGAAAUUUUUAUAAUAAUUUUGCAACUUCUUUUUUAUAUGAAACUCCUGUGCCGUCUACACGUCAGGGCUUCCGAAGCAUCUGACAGUUUAAUAAGUACAAGCAUGUGUUUGAGCGGACAAGAAAGUGAAACCAUCAGUACUGUGUUGGAUAUUUUUUCCUCCCCGACUGGAUGGGGGAAUCUCUGAACUUUCUCAGUGCAGUGCCGUCUCCGUUACAAAGCUGAACCUGUAUUAAAGAUCGUGCUGCCUUUGUUGGACCAAUUUGGAAGGAAAGAGGGCAGCCAGCAGAGAAGGUCAAGAGGAGAAGGGGAGUGGACUUUGUGGUACAAGGGGUCCCCAGAGGGUUUGUGUACGGCCCACGCAUCUGCUGGCGAGGAGGGUAAAGUGCGGCCGGUGCCUGCAGCUGAGCACGUCCAGCGGGCCUGGGGCGGGGCUUUGGACCUUUAUCCCUGUUUCUCAAGUUUUUAAAAGCUCUUUCUGUUCCUUUUUUUUCUUUUCCUAAGUAAACAUUACAUGGUAGUUAUUAAUACUUCUUUGGGGGAGGGACAGGGCUUUAAAACUGAAGAAAAUGAUUUUCAUAAAAAUAUCAAAAAUGGAAAAAAGUUACUUUUUAAAAAAUUUGCUACACAAACCAAAUGGCAGCUGUUGAAAAUCUCAUUAAAAUGAGAAUAAAAUACA